AUGCGUUGUAAUUGGAGUGUUUUAACAGCGCUGCUAACGUUGACGUUAGCUCUGGCAGAGGUAACGACAGCGACAUCGACGUCAGCAGCCGAAGCGGAGCUCUAUGGCGAUAUACACGUUCAGGGAGAGUUCGAAUCACUCAGUCAAACACGACAGCGCCAGCAGCAGCAGCAUCUGUGCCAGCGUGAGUUGCCUGCAAUCUUCUUUCAGACACUGAAGAAUUCUCCUGUGCGUGGCAAUGGCUCUACGAUUUAUUAUCAUCGCAUUGAGGUCUGCUGUGAUGGCUAUCGCCCAGAUCCGUAUUCGGAGCAUUGUGUGCCAGAUUGUGGCCACAGCUCGCCAGACAACUGUCGCAAUGGCUUCUGCCGUGCUCCCGGAUAUUGCGAGUGCUUCGCAGAGUUCGUGCGCAAUGAUCAGGGUGCAUGCAUUCACACCUGUCCCAUCGCCUGUCAGCAUGGACGAUGCUAUCUCAAUGGCACCUGUGUUUGCAAGCCAGGCUAUGUGCUCGAUGCCGAGACGCGUCUCUUCUGUCGUCCCGAGUGUCCCACCGCCUGUGGCACACAUGAGGAAUGUGUGGCUCCUGGUCAAUGCGAUUGCCUGACUGGCUAUCGUCGUACUGCGCAAUUGGGCUGUCAACCGAUCUGUGCCCCAGACUGUGGAUACGGCAAAUGUGUGGCACCCAAUCAAUGCGAAUGCUUUCCCGGUUUUAUAAAGCGACCUCAGCGCAAUGUCUGCGAGGCCGAGUGUUACAUCAAUUGCGAGAAUGGUUUCUGCGAGUCACGCUACAAGUGCCAUUGCCGAGAGGGUUAUCGCUAUGAUGUCAACACCACCAGCUGCUUGCCCGAGUGCCAGGACAACUGUGGCCAGGGCAACGGAGUUUGCAUGGCUCCUGGUGUCUGUCGCUGCUUCGAGGGCUACGAGCUGCACGGCAGCAGCUGUGUACCCAAGUGCGAGCGAUCUUGUGGCGAGUAUGGCAAAUGCCUGGCACCCAAUGUGUGUGGCUGUGUUCCUGAUAAUCAGCUCUGUCAGCUGGGCAGCUGUGAUGCCAAUGGCCAUUGCCAGUGUCCAACUGGACAAGUCAACUUCGUUGGUCGCUGUCUGCAGCCGCAGCACAUUGAACAUCAUCUAAGUAGCUUGGAUCGGCGGAGGGAGCGAAGUGAAGAACUGAAAUACGAAUUUAAUGCACUGAUUGGACGUCUGUUUAAUUUGAUUUGGGAAUGAGACAUAGACACAGAUCGACUUCAGAUAUAAAUAAAAUGCAUAUUAAACACGCUGACAGCUCUGACGUCCUUUGAUGCCACUCUUGAUGAAUCCCGGCUGGCAGAUGCAGAAAUUGGGCGCACUGCAGAAGCCAUUGGGGCAGCCUUGUGGACAGUGUGGUUGGCAAAUGUUGCGCUGCAGCUCGUCGAGAAUGUAGCCAGGUUUGCACUCGCAUUUGUUUUGGCCAAUGCAGACACCAUUCAAGCAAGGAAUAUCACAAUGGGGCACACACUGGCCA